AUGAAGCUUUGCAAGAAGGGGUGUCCCGGGUGCAGGCUGGAUGAGAUCAACAAGACCAAGACCGGCAUCCCCUACCUCAACUUCUGCUACAUCUGGAUCGUCUGCCUCUGCUCUACACUACCAAUUCAUUCAUUGUUCCCCUAUCUAUACUUUAUGAUUAGAGACUUGAAAGUCGCAAAGCAAGAACAAGAUAUCGGGUUCUAUGCUGGUUUUGUCGGGGCUACUUACUUCCUUGCAAGAACUAUUAGUGCUGUGCCAUGGGGCAUGUUUGCUGACAAAUAUGGGAGGAAGCCUUGCAUUGUGAUCAGUAUCCUCUCAGUGAUCAUAUUUAACACCCUGUUCGGCCUUAGCACGACUUACUGGAUGGCAAUUGUAACUAGGGGGCUACUUGGGUUACUUUGUGGUAUACUAGGACCAAUCAAGGCCUAUGCUUCGGAAGUCUGCAGGAUAGAGCACCAAACUCUUGGAAUUUCUCUGGUUACAUCUUCGCGAGCAAUAGCUUUUGUUAUUGGACCAGCCAUCGGAGGAUUUCUUUCCGAGCCUGCAAAGAAGUAUCCCAAUAUUUUUUCGGAGAAAUCCAUAUUUGGAAGGUUUCCAUACUUCCUCCCUUGCUUCCUUAUAUCAGUUCUAGCAGCAGGAGCAUGUGUUGCGUGCAUUUGGCUUCCGGAAACUUUGCACAUGCACCAUGAUGACAAUGUAGAAGCCAUUGAUACAAUGGAGGCACAAGUUGUUGAUCCAAACUUAGUAAAUGUGAAAGGUAUACAAUGUAGAUCAGGGAGAUUCACAUCUACAAUGAGCCUGUUAAAGAACUGGCAAUUGAUGUCAGCAAUUACCCUCUACUGUGUGUUUUCUCUCUAUGAUACCGCUUAUAUCGAGAUAUUUUCACUGUGGGCUGUGAGCAGCAGAAAAUACCGGGGACUAAAUUUUACAUCUGAGGAUGUUGGUACUGUGCUAGCUAUCUCGGGUAUUGGUAUUUUUGUAUAUCAACUCGUGAUUUAUCCAUUCCUUGCCAAGUAUGCCGGGUUAAUCAAGCCAUUCCGUUCUGCAGCGGUAUUAUCUAUACUACUUGUUGCAACAUAUCCAUUCAUAGCCAACCUAUAUGGUGUGGAGCUCAAAGUACUCAUCAAUAUAGCUUCGCUUCUAAAAAAUAUGUUUGCAGCAACGAUUACGACUGCGUGCAAUAUUCUGCAGAACACUGUGGUGAGGCAAGAACAAAGGGGUGUUGCAAAUGGUAUCAGUGUUACUUUGAUGUCAAUCUUCAAAGCAGUAGGUCCAGCAGCAGCAGGAGUUCUGUUUUCAUGGGCUCAGAAGAACACAACGGGGUUGUUCUUACCAGGUGACCAGAUCCUUUUCAUCUUCUUGAAUAUGGUGGCAAUAAUCGGACUCUUGAUGACGUUCAAGCCAUUUUUUUCACUGCCGAGUGCGACAAAAUAA